AUGGAGAACGGUACAGCAAGAUACGGCCUUGCCAUUGACGAGUUUAGGAAGAAAGAGAAUGACGCAGCUGUGACGAUCCAGAGCUGGUUUCGUGGAUGCCGAGUGCGGGCGUACAUCAGGCACUUGAACAGGCUAGUGACAAUUAUGCAAAAGUGGUGGAGAAGUUACUUAGGCAGAAAACGUUACCAACUUAUUGUUGAGGCAGCAUAUUAUAAUAUGAAGAUGAAUCUCUACAAUGAAAUGGCUGUCAGGAUUCAGAGACGAUGGCGUGGCUUUAGGAUCCGGAAGUAUUGCUUUAAUUAUUAUUUUUUGAAGGAAUACUUGAGAGCUGUUUCAGAGACCAAUGAUGCAAUUAGGGAGGCUUUGGAGGAAUUUGCAGAGAUGAAAGAGCGAGAAGAGAGGAAGGCUCGCCUGGAGCGGGAAGAGAAGCAAAGAGAUCAGCAAGCCCGCAAGAUGCAUUACCUGCUCAGCACAAAGCAGGUUCCAGGUAUAUACAAUUCACCCUUCCGAAAAGAGUCUGACCCUUGGGAGCUGCGGUUACAGAAGGCAAAGCCGUUAAUGUACCAACCAGCCACUGCAACGAAGACCAGGUCCCACCACAGCCUCAGCAGCUGGCUGGCCUGCACCAGUGCCCGCUCCUUCCCGCAGUCAGCAAGUCUGCCACCUAUCGACAGGAAGCUGUGCCAGGGACCCUUCCGAGACAUCAAUGAAGUCCUGCACCAGCGUUACAAGCCUUUGGAGCCCACCCUGAGGGUGGCAGAACCCAUCAACCACUUAGAGCUGGCCAGAGAGGCACUUAAGCAAGAUGAACAGAUGCGCAACGUGAACGACAAGAUGUUUUUGCCGUUUUCUUCCUUCCAUAAAAAGGAGAAGUACAUCCCAAUGAUACACUCAUCAAGCAAGUACAAUCCCAGCUCUUACGGACAGAAGUACUUCCGCAGUCAAGACCCUAAAAAGUGGAUCAGUGGCAAGGAUUUUCAGACUGUUCUACCAUCAUUUGACCUCUUCUCAAAGUAUGGAAAGCUAUAUUCGAAAGCUGGACAAAUUGUGUAAAGUGUGCUGCUGACUUUAGAGAAGAGAAGACGAUGAAAUGAGGAAAUGAGGUGAAGAUGAAGUGAGCACGAACAGAAGAUGCCACUGCCCAGGGGUCCAGGCGCUACCUACAUGGUGGAUGCAC